CAACUUCCCGUCAGCAGGGCUGGUCCACGGACUUCGUCUUCUCAGCCAAGUGUCACACUGUCUUGUCACGCUCACUGCGGUGGCGCAGGGGACAUCUCGUGUCCCCGGCCAGCCCUGCUGUCCCUGGGGAGCUGAGGCUCCGCUCUCGUCCUGCAGGUGCCGGCAGGGGGAUGCCCGCUUGAGCCCGAGCCAUGUCCAGGUACCUGAAGCACUUCACGGUGGUGGGGGACGACCCCGUGCAGUGGAGCAACGACUAUCAGAAAUGGGAGGAGGAGGAAGAGGAGCAUGGGGGGAAGCAGACGGACUCGGAGAUCAAACUGGAGCCCUCCCGGAGCCAGGUCUCCUUCCAGGAUGUGAUGAAGAAGCUCUUCAGCUCGCACAGGUUUCAGAUCGUUAUUGUCUGCUUGGUCAUUGUGGACGCCUUGCUGGUCCUCGGGGAAUUGCUUAUGGACUUGAAGAUCAUCCAUCCGGACAAACAUCACAUAGCCCCAAAGGUCUUUCACUACCUCUCCCUUUCCAUUUUAACCAUCUUCCUGGUUGAAGUGGGCUUUAAAAUCUUCGUCUAUGGCCGGGAGUUCUUCCACCACAAGUUCGAAGUGCUGGACGGCAUCGUCGUCGUCGUGUCGUUCAUCCUCGACAUCGUCCUCCUCUUCCGAGAGCACGAGUUUGAAGCUGUCGGGCUCCUGAUCCUGCUGCGGCUGUGGCGCGUGGCCAGGAUCAUCAAUGGUAUAAUUUUAUCCGUAAAGACCCGCUCUGAACAACAAGUGUCCAAGCUAAAGCAAGCAAACCUGAAACUUGUGACAAAGGUGGAACAACUGGAGCACAGCUGUGCAGAGAAGGAGCGAGAAAUCGAGAGGCUUAACAAGAUACUAAAACAGCACGGACUCACCAGUGAACCAAAAUAGGAGGCCGGUUUUCCAAGGCAGGGAAGUCUGCAGAGUGCAGUGUUGAAACAGAAACAUACCAGUUUGACCUGAAAGGUUUUCCUAUCUGCUUGCUUUCUCUUGUACAGCACUGUCUAUAAAUGUUUUCUAUUUGACCACGCUUUGAUUAGAUGUUGGGAUUGCAAAAACAGCUUUACUGGAAAAUUAAACACACACACUCCCAGUAAACAGAGAUUUCAUAAGACCUUUUUUGUACAGUUGUACAGUAAAAAAUGCAAAAUAAUUUAAUAAAGACACAUCUUUACAAGCUAUA